UCACUUUAAACACCCAGCAGCAGCAGCAGCAGGACCGUGAACCGUUACGAGGGAGACAACAGGGAUGUGCCGAUAAAAGGCGAUUCGUUUGGUGGUUUUUUUACAACAUAUUUCCCCGGUUUAAAUUUAUUUUGACUGCCAACAUGGAGCUGGACCGGCGGCUGUUGUCGGCUCACUGUGCGGUUCACGCCCUGUCGAUCGCGGCGGGCUUGCUGGUGGUCGUCCCCAUGGCGCUCAACGGCUCCGCGUUCAAAGGCCGCUGCGCCCUCUUCUCCACCGGCUACUGGAGGGCCGAGACUCGCGGGGCCGACACGGAGCCGUCGGCGGACGCCUCCCACCUGGUGGUGCAGCAGUGGGGCCCGCUGGCCGCCUGCCAGUUCGCCACAUUCGUCGGUAUCUUCACGGUGCUGUACGGCGCCGCGCAGAGCUGGAGGGGCUUCUUCUAUCUGCACGGACGACAUGACGACACCCUGUUUUCGUCCUUCCUGACGGUGCUGCUGAGUGUGUGUGUGCUCUUCCUGUCUGGAGGGGCCAGUGUCCUCUUGUCUCUGGGCCUGGUGUCCUGGUGCGACACCGUGACCGACAACAACACACGUCCAUACAGCUGUGCAGAGUCUCAGUCUGUUCCACUUUACCUGGAUGUGGACACCUCCUCCUUCUACACUGAGCUCAGUCUGGCACAGGCAUCUCUGUGGUGUGUGACUGCCCUUUGGCUGGCUCAGUCUAUCCUGGCCUUCCUGCGGCUGUACCACUCCCACAGCCAGCACAUCAGCGGGCCUUGUCUUCCCCGAGAGAAGGAGCUCCUCCUGGGACACAGUCCGUCCGAAUGUGGCAGCUCCCCCUCACCUCCACUUCCUUCUGCAACACCCACCCUCUUAGUCUGACUCAGAGUAAAUGAGGUAGUGAUAUAAGGUUUAACUCUAAAUUAAGUUUGACACCUUUUCUUCCCUCGUCACUACUGACCAUAUCCACUCUACAUUUCUUAUCCCUGCAUGUAGAAUAUGAAUAAUUUAGGUAUGGUUUAGUUCAAAAUGUUAAAGGGAACCUUUAUAUUUUGAUAUGAUUCAGCAUAGAGCCUGGCCGAUAAAAUCAUAUCGGAGUAUACAUCAGUAGAUUAGAAACAAUUGCAAGUUUAUGUUUUAACUGUAAAGCAGGUCAAAAUACUCUGAUAACCAAAUUUAAAAGAUCCUUAAGAGAAAUGUUUUUUUUAUCGUUUGUGUUUAUGACAAAUUAUUUAUCUUUUGUUGGCUGAUUUUUGACAAAUGUGAAAUAUUGGUAUCAGCCUCAAAAAUACAGUAUCCACCAGGCUGUAAUAUUUAAUCAAAUGUUUGAGCAGGGCCAACUUCACUUACAUUACACUGUCUAACUCGCGCACCCAUCACCUCAUAGUGGCGCCACAACUCGUGCAUUUCUCAAUGGAUUAGAGUUAAUUCAUGGCGCUGGUGACGCCACAAGCAACCAGAUGGUGGUUUUCCAUUUAUUCAAGAUGCAUGGAUGUUUACAGUUCUGCUGGAGUCUGACAUUUUGCACAGUUAGUUCCUCAUCAGGGAGAAUACAUUAUAUUUUGUUGGUUUUGUUUGGUUGACUUGCUCUAAGUGUAUAAUCCAUAUGUAGCACUGAACGCUUUUAUUGUGAAGCAUGUGGUAAGAGUUUGACUGAGCCACUGGGUACGUGAAACAGGCUCACUGUGUGAGCAUGACCCGAGCAAUCUGUUAUGUUACAGAAAAAUUGCUGCCGACUCUCUUCUUGUGACGAUUUUGAUUAUGAUGCUGUUUGUGUGGACACGGCCGCUCUCAGGGCGUUAAUGAAGUAGUCAAAUCUCCUCUAAUGAUGCGUUUCGAGGAUAACCGGGAGAUCAACUUUCAAGGACCCUUGAGCGUUUCCUGUUGAGAGAGAUUUGUGUAGAGCCCAAAAGGCUCAGUGGAGAGGAAGAAGUUAAUAACUUUAUUGAUUUUUUUGUAAACAAAUCAUUCUAAGCUGUUUCUAAACUUCUCUCACUUUGAACAAAAGUGGUUGUAAUGAUACACAGACAGCGGAGCAAGAAAUCUGAAGUAAACAGACGAGGCGGCAUUGUGAUGUGAAAUUAAUUUUAACAUGUGAAAUGUUUUUGUAUAAUGCCUGACAAUGGUUUUGCUUUUUACCUCUUAUACCUGUUUGUGCACAUUGAAGUAUUUGUCUUGUUUAUAGAAUAAAAAGCUUCCCAUUGUGAGAAAAAAAA